UACUCCGCUAUAUAUAUGUGUGUGUGUGUGUCCGAGUGAUGUGUAUGCGGAAACUUGAGAGGGUUCUUCUGGGAUUUGCUUACUUGUUCGGAUUCUUGCUAUUUUUUUCUUGAAGGAGUUGUGUCUUUUUCUUGGAUUUGGGAUUUCUUGAGUGAUUUCUUUGAGUCUGGUUGGUGCAACUCAGAGCUUGCUUGCUAAUUUGGAUUCAGAAAGAAUUGAGCUGAGUUGGGGUUUGUUGAGUUUAGUUGCUGGUUUGUGGUUGUGAUUUGUUGCUGGAUUUGAAGUCUGCUGCCUGAGGAUAUUCUUGUUAAAGACUGCUGUUGCUGAGUGCUAGAGAAAUUUACCAGAUAGCUAAUCGCGAAUGAAUCAACCCAAAAUUAAGCGUAGAAUCGGGAAGUAUGAGAUUGGGAGGACAAUUGGCGAAGGCACAUUUGCGAAAGUGAAAUUCGCUAGAAAUUCUGAGACGGGACAACCUGUGGCUAUAAAGAUUCUAGACAAGGAUAAGGUUCUUAAACACAAAAUGGCUGAACAGAUUAAGAGGGAGAUAGCAACACUGAAGUUGAUAAAACAUCCCAAUGUUGUUCGAUUGUAUGAGGUGAUGGCAAGCAAGACCAAGAUAUUUAUUGUUUUGGAAUAUGUCACUGGGGGAGAGCUCUUUGACAAAAUUGUAAAUAAUGGACGGAUGCGAGAAGAUGAAGCAAGAAAAUAUUUUCAGCAACUCAUUAAUGCUGUUGAUUAUUGCCAUAGCAGGGGAGUUUUCCACCGAGAUCUAAAGCCAGAGAACUUACUGUUGGAUGCUGCUGGAAACCUCAAAGUUUCUGAUUUUGGAUUGAGUGCUCUGUCCCAGCAAGUCAGGGAUGAUGGCUUGCUGCAUACUGCCUGUGGGACUCCAAAUUAUGUGGCUCCUGAGGUCCUCAAUGAUCGAGGCUAUGAUGGAGCGACUGCAGACUUGUGGUCGUGUGGAGUCAUACUCUUUGUGUUGCUUGCAGGUUACUUGCCUUUCGAUGAUUCUAAUGUUAUGAACCUUUAUAGAAAAAUAUCUUCUGCUGAAUUCACUUGCCCUCCUUGGCUUUCUUUUGGUGCCAUGAAGUUGAUUGCUCGAAUCCUGGAUCCAAAUCCAGUGAAACGUAUCACGGUCCCCGAAAUUUUGGAGGAUGAGUGGUUUAAAAAAGAUUACAAGCCACCAGUAUUUGAUGAGAAAGAAGAUAUAAAUUUGGAUGACGUGGAAGCUGUGUUUAAGGACUCUGAGGAAUAUCACGUGAUGGAGAGAAAGGAGGAGCAGCCCACUGCAAUGAAUGCAUUUGAAUUAAUCUCUAUGUCAAAAGGUCUCAAUCUUGGGAAUCUAUUUGAUGGGGAACAGGGAUACAAGAAGGAAACAAGGUUCACAUCAAAAUGCCCAGCCAAUGAGAUUGUUAAAAAGAUCGAGCAAGCUGCAAAACCUCUUGGUUUUGAUGUUCACAAGAAGAAUUACAAGAUGAGGCUUGAAAAUAUAAAAGCAGGAAGAAAAGGCAAUCUUAAAGUCGCCACUGAGGUUUUCCAGGUUGGCCCUUCAUUGCAUAUGGUUGAGGUUAGGAAAGCUAAGGGAGAUACUCUGGAGUUCCACAAGUUCUAUAAGAACCUGUCAACCUGCCUUGAGGAUGUAGUUUGGAAAACCGAAGAGGACAUGCAAGAAGUGAAGUAGAGAUGUCGUUGGCUCGUUGCAACGAAGAGCGCUUAGUUAUAGUUGUCUGCUCUCAACUGUAUAAAGUUGCUGGUUUGCCAUUCUUUGGUUUUGUUUGCUUUCUCUCAUGGGACCUUUUUCCCCCAAGAGGGAAAUUUCUGAUCUCGGAGAGCACAGACAGUUUGCUGGUGAGGUGUGUUUUAUUUUUUCUGUAUUCUCAGGCAAAUGCAGCCUGACUUGUAAAGCUGGACUCUUGAAUUGAUGAGAAGUUUUGAAAUUUUGAACUCUCUUUACUGCUAGUUUGAUACUGAAGGAAUUAAUAACUUAUUUUCAA